CUUGCCACAGACUCCAUUUUAGCAAAGACAAGAUCUCAGAGGGGCCGGGGAGGGACGCAGCUUGGGAAACCUGGGCCGCGAGCUCCGAUUGUACACCUUUUUUCAAACAAACGGGGACUGGAUAGAAGCUGAUGUUAGCCCUCCGGCAAGACUUCCGCAGGCUCCUUUCAUUAAAGACCACGCAGCCAGAGAGGCUGCGCUGCAAACGGAGAGGAAAUCCAGCCGAAAAAGGCGAGGGAAAGUGUAGUCGACAAGACACUUCUGGACACUUCGAAAAAUUCAAUAUUAAAAUACAGGAAACUGUAAUAGAGUAAAGAGAUAUAAUGCCCAAGGCAACCCUGAAACCUGGUUAAAAAAAUGUUUUCUAAGACACUCCUGAUAAUAAGUGGUUAAGAAAGUAAAUGCAUUUGUAAAAGGAACUCGAGUGAAGAUGAAUUCUUACUUAAGAUGAAGAAAAUUAGGAGGAUAACAGAAAGAUAAUAAAAAUUUAAUAGGGACUAUAUUUUAGAUAAUGUUAUGGAAUUACUGUUACUUCGGUACAUGGAGAGGCACUGCCUGAAAAUACUCCAUUUAGACUGCCAUCCGUCUGAGAGAAAACUUUGGCAUUUCCUUGAAGUUUUUGAGAAAAUAAAACACUCGAAAGGACGCAGGGUGGCGCUGCAGCAUUAGAAGUAGAAGGAAGAAAGCUACCAGCCUGCGCUCCUUUAGUCAGAUGCUCCGCCGCAAAAGCAAGCAGGAAGGGGAGGUUUUCCGAGGUGGAGCCCCGGAAAAUCAGGGCCCUAGACCUCUCCACUUAUCCCAAUUAUCUGCGUGAUACUAGAAGACAGAUAAGCGACAACACGAGCCCGAGCUGGGUCAGGUUUGCUGGGAGACCGGAAGGCAAUGGAGGCCGGAGAGAGGAAGGAACGCUUUCUCAAACAAAGGCAAGUCUUGAUAUUCUUUGUUUUGCUGGGCAUCUCUCGGGCUGGUUCCGAGCCUAGGCGCUACUCAGUGGCGGAGGAAACGGAGAGUGGCUCCUUUGUGGCCAAUCUGUUGAAAGACCUGGGGCUGGAGGUCAGUGAUCUAGCUGCGCGGGGUGCCCGGGUCGUUUCCAAAGGGAAAAAAAUGUAUUUGCAUUUUGAUAGGCAGACGGGGGAUUUGCUGUUAAAUGAGAAACUGGACCGGGAGGAGCUGUGCGGCCCUACGGAGCCCUGUGUGCUACCUUUCCAGAUAUUAUUGGAAAAUCCCUUGGAGUUUUUCCAGGCUGAGCUACAGAUUAGGGACAUAAAUGAUCACUCCCCAGUUUUCCUAGACAAAGAAAUAAUUCUGAAAAUUUCAGAAAGUAUUGCUCCAGGAACUGCUUUUCUAAUUGAACGUGCCCAGGACUUAGAUGUUGGAAGCAACAGUCUCCAAAGUUACACAGUCAGCCCCAAUUCCCACUUCCAUCUUAAAUUACAAGACAGUUCCGACGGCACAAUAUUACCACAGCUGGUGCUGGACAAAGCCCUGGAUCGCGAGGAACAGCCUGAGGUCAGAUUAACCCUCACCGCGCUGGAUGGAGGGACUCCACCUAGGUCUGCGACCGCCUUAAUCCGCGUUGAAGUCCUGGACGUCAACGAUAAUGCCCCUGCGUUUGCAAAGCUGCACUAUGAGGUGCAAGUCCUGGAAAACAGCCCCAUUGGAUCCCAGGUUGCCAUCGUCUCUGCCAGAGAUUCAGAUGCUGGACUCUACGGAGAAAUAUCUUACGUAUUUUCCCAAGCAUCUGAAGAUAUUCGCAAAACAUUUCGAAUAAAUGAAAAAUCAGGAGAACUCCUUUUAACACAGGAACUGGAUUUUGAAUCUAUUCAGACCUAUACAUUAAAUAUUCAGGCAACAGAUGGUGGGGGCCUUUCUGGAAGUUGUGUGGUGUUUGUCCAGGUGGUAGACCUGAAUGACAACCCCCCAGAACUGAUCAUGUCAACAUUCGUCAAUGAGAUCCCGGAAAACUCGAAGGAGACCAUAAUUGCUGUAUUCAGUGUUUCAGAUCCUGACUCAGGAGACAAUGGAAGAAUAGUCUGCUCCAUUCAAGAUGAUCUUCCUUUUACUCUUAAACCUUCUGUUGAGAAUUUUUACACUCUCGUGUCAGAAAGCGGGCUGGACCGAGAAAGCCAAGCCGAGUACAACAUCACCAUCAGCGUCAGCGACCUGGGGACCCCCCGGCGGCACACCCAGCACAACCUGACGGUGCGCGUGGCCGACGUCAACGACAACGCGCCCGCCUUCAGCCAGCCCGCCUACACCCUGCGGGUCCGCGAGAACAACAGCCCCGCCCUGCACGUCGGCACCGUCCGCGCCACCGACGCCGACGCGGGCGCCAACGCCCAGCUCACCUACUCGCUGCUGCCGCCCUCCGACCCGCACCUGCCCCUCGCCUCGCUCGUGGCCAUCAACCCCGACACCGGCCAGCUCUUCGCCCUGCGCGCCCUCGACUACGAGGCCCUGCGCGCCUUCGACUUCCAGGUGCGCGCCGCCGACCGCGGCGCGCCCGCGCUCAGCAGCCAGGCGCGGGUGCGCGUGCUCGUGGCCGACGCCAACGACCACGCGCCCGUCGUGCUCUACCCGCCGCCCAACGCCUCGGCGCCCUGCACCGAGCUGCUGCCCCGGGCGGCCGAGCCGGGCUACCUGCUCGCCAAGGUGGUGGCGGUGGACGGCGACGCGGGCCAGAACGCCUGGCUGUCCUACCGGCUGCUGCAGGCCACCGAGCCCGGGCUCUUCGGCGUGGGCGCGCACAGCGGCGAGGUGCGCACGGCCCGGCCGCUGAGCGAGCGCGACGCGCCCCGGCAGCGGCUGCUGCUGCUGGUGCGGGACCACGGCGAGCCGCCGCUCUCGGCCAGCGUCCCGCUGCACGUGCUGCUGGUGGACGGCUUCUCGCAGCCCUACCUGCCGCCGCCCGAGGCCCCCGGCCGGGCGCCGGGCGCCGGCGCCGGCGCGGACGAGCCGCUCACCGUCGCCCUGGUGGGGGCGCUGGCGUGCGUGUCGGCGCUGCUGGUGGGGGCGCUGCUGGCCUUGGCGGCGGGGCGGCUGUGCCGGCGGGGCGGGGCGGCCUCGGCGGGGGGCUGCGCGGGGCCCGCGGAGGGCGGCGUCCCGGGCCAGCUGCUGGACGUGGGCGGCACGGGCACCCUGGCCCACGGCUACCGCUACGAGGUGUGUCUGGCGGGAGGCUCCGGGUUAGAUGAGUUUAAAUUCUUGAAGCCAAUUCUCCCCAGUGGUCUGGUUCAAGACAUUGGGCAGGACUAGUGCAAUUCUCCAAUUGCAAGAAUAGCUUAGGUUUCAUUAACAGAAAGCAUGAAAAACUCAUUGUUUGGCUACAAAUGUUUUCUUUUCAAUGAAGGCUCUUGAGUUGAUACAGUAUUUAGUUUAUAUAUUGACUUUACUAAUUAAUCGUUGCAUGUUCUUUUUUCAUCUGCUUCCUAUCUUUUCAAACCAGGCUUAUUGCCUCUAUUUAAAUAGGUGAGCAAAAAUAAAUGCUUUAUCUUUUAACGAUGAUUUCAGAUAGGUUUAUUUAAGAUGUUUGUUUCAAAUUCUAUAUCCAAAGCAAUGCAGAGAGAAUUCUGAACCCCCAGUCUUAGACUCUACCCUGUUGAAUGUAGUCAGAUAAUGUUCUUUAUAUAAUACUCUAAAGCAGCUUCGUUGUGGUUAAUGAAGUAGGUAGAUAAAAAUGUUUUAGGAUGUACCAUUUUACGUUUUACCAUCUUUUAGGGUUUUAGUACUCAAAUAAAACUGAUGCAUGUAA